AUGAAGGUUUUCGUUUGCCUUAUUGCCUGUGUGGGCCUGGUCCAAGCUGGAUUUAUUGGAGGUGCAGGCGGUUGGUCGUCGGGUGGUGGCGGCGGUUCAAGUGGUUGGUCUUCGGGCGGUGGUGGUGGAGCCAUUUCGGUAGAAGGACCCACCAUUGUCAAGGUGAUUAGUCAAGAGGAUGCUGGUCACGGAUAUGGUGGUCAUGGUGGCUACGAAUAUGGACACGGACAUGCUGCUGCCGAAGAAGUGAAAGUCAUCAAAGUUAUUAGCGAAGAUGGCGGGCACUCUGGUGGCUACUCUGGUGGCUAUUCCGGUGGUUACUCUGGUGGCUAUUCCGGCCACUCCGAUGACCAGAUCAACAUUGUUAAGGUUAUCCAUGAGGAAAGCUCACCAAUCGAUCUGGGUCAUCAUCAUCACGAGCAUCAUGAACAUCAUGACCAUCUCCAAGAAGAUGUAAAGAUCAUUCAAGUAAUUAGCUCUGGUGAUGAUCAUUCCCAGUACAACGGCGGCGGUUGGUCCUCUGGCGGUGGUUGGUCUGCUGGCGGUGGCAGCGCUGGCUGGGAUUAG